UUGAUUGGCCAGACGCAGUCAUGUUUGAUUGGCUCUAAACUUUCCCAAUCUGCUGAGUUUAGCUGACUGAACCGUACAGACAGCAGCUCAGUGGAUCAAGGAGUUGCCAUGUUGAACUGUAAGCUCAUUUUCGGAGCUGUCUUGGCAGCAUGUCUCUGUCCUAUAGCUGCUCAGGACUCCUGUCCUGCAGGGAUACCUGGACUGCCAGGUAUUCCAGGUUUCCCUGGACGUGAUGGCAGAGACGGUGUGAAGGGGGAGAAGGGAGAUGCAGGACGCACUCUUCAACUGGAGAAGCUUGCAGUUAAAGGGGAGAGCGGGGAGCCUGGCUUGCCUGGCCGCCCAGGAAAGAGGGGGAACCCGGGCGACCCUGGCCCACCCGGACCACCGGGACCACCUGGAGGGCAUGGAGAUGUCAGCAACUCCAAACCACAGUCUGCUUUCUGUGUUUCCCGUGAAACCACAGCUGCUCCAAAACCUAACAGCCCAGUAAACUUUCACAAUGUCAUAACCAACGUCAACGAGCACUUCAACGUUAGCGAAAGCAAAUUUGUGUGUCAUAUUCCUGGCACUUACUAUUUUGUGUACCACGCGACCUCUAUGGGAAAGACCCUGUGUGUAAUGCUGAUGGUUAACGGGGAGAAAAAGUCUACCUUCUGUGACCACAUUCAGUCCACAGGCACUCACUACCAAGUAAGCUCUGGCGGACUCGCCGUGUACCUGAUGCACAACCAAAAAGUCUGGUUGGAGACCAACGCUCAGAACGGCAUGUACGCAGCUGAAAACAAAGGCAACAGUGUUUUCUCUGGUUUUCUGGUUUAUGCACAUUGAGGGUUUGUUUACUGUUUAAAAGAAUGCAAUGCAAACAUGCUUCAAAUAUAUUCACGUUCUGUACAAUCAAGAAUGCAAAUGGUAUUUCUAAUUUCUGUGCCAAUAAAAUGCUAUGACAUGA